AUGACUGAUUUGGGAUGUAAGAAGCCCAGUGACUGCACCGUCUCCAGGCUGCUCAACGUUGUGGAGAGCGAACUCCAAGCUGGCAGAGACAAAGGGGACCCGACAGAGAAACAACUCCAGGUUGUCUUGGAGGAGGCUGCGCUAUGGCAGAGGUUCAGGGAAGUCACUAACGAGAUGAUCGUGACCAAGAACGGCAGACGGAUGUUCCCGGUUUUAAAGAUCAGCGUGUCAGGUUUGGAUCCCAACGCCAUGUACUCCUUCCUGUUGGACUUUGCCCCGACCGACGGCCACCGCUGGAAGUACGUGAAUGGUGAAUGGGUGCCUGCUGGGAAACCAGAGCCACCAAGCCACAGCUGCGUCUACAUUCACCCAGACUCUCCCAACUUCGGGGCACACUGGAUGAAAGCCUCUGUUUCCUUCAGCAAAGUGAAACUUACCAACAAGCUCAAUGGAAGCGGGCAGAUCAUGCUGAAUUCCUUGCAUAAAUAUGAGCCUCAGGUUCACAUCGUUCGUGUGGGAGGCCCACACAGGAUGGUGAUGAACUGCUCCUUUCCGGAGACUCAGUUCAUAGCUGUCACUGCUUAUCAAAAUGAAGAGAUAACAGCUCUCAAAAUCAAGUAUAAUCCCUUUGCCAAAGCCUUCCUGGAUGCAAAGGAAAGAAACCAUCCCAGGGAUACUCCCGAAAAUGUUUCGGAAGGUCAACAUAUGACAUAUUCUCACCUAGGUGGCUGGUUGAUUUCCAAUCCAGAUGCAGUGUGUGCAGCAGGAAACUCUAAUUAUCAGUAUGGAGGAGCUUUGUCUCUGCCUGCCCCGCAUUCCCACCAUGGCUGUGAGCAUUAUGCAGCCCUUCGAGGGCAUCGGGCUGCACCAUAUCCUGCUUCGUACAUGCAGAGAAAUCACUCCUCAACAGUGAAUUUGAUCGAGAGCUCAAGCAAUAAUCUGCAGAUGUUUCCAACACACGAUAGCUGGACUUCUUUACAAUCCACUCCACAUGCCAACUUGCUUUCAGUACCACAUGCCAAGGGAACUGCCACUGCGGGUCCUAGCCACUAUCCCUGUCUGUGGACAGUCAGCAACAGUGCCCUUAAUGUUGCCAACCCGGGGAAUGACGUGAAUGGCAGUGCUCCAGGCACAUUCCUGCGAGGUAACAUCCCUUUGCCCACCACAUCUGCCUCGAUUCCUCUGCAGGGAGCAGCUGCCAGCAACAUGGAAACACCAGGGGAACCCACUCUAGCCAGACUAGCUGAUUCUACCUGGACAUCCUUGCAUUCGUUUUAA